AUUCGGCAGCAGCUUGAGCAAAGGGAUCUUAUCAUGCGUUUCCUAUGCUUGCACGGAAUGGGGACUAAUGGGAAGGUAUUCGAAGUGCAGACCUCACGGAUCCGGCUGAGCCUUGGAGGGGGCCACGAAUACGUGUUCGUCGAUGGCUCAGUAUCUGCUCCCGCGGCUCCAGGAGUGGACCUGAUUACUUCGUCGGGCGAAGAGUUUCUACGAUUUGCCAAAGACGAUGACGUCGACUCGGCCAUGCAAUUAUACAACGAUUUAUCGAGUUUCAUUGAGAGUGAAGGUCCAUUUGAUGGGGUUAUGGCAUUUUCCGAAGGCGCUGGAGUCGCUGCAUCACUUCUCGCGUACCAGGAACGAUUGAUGGCAGCUCAAAAGAGCAGCCCUUUUCGAUUCAAGUUUGGAAUAUUCUUCUGUGGAGCAGGUGCAUUUGAUGCUGAGUCGCUCCAGCAGGGGAUAUUGCGGGAACUGGAUCCUUCUGUCGACGGUCGGGUUAUUACUAUGCCAACAGCCCACAUCUGGACCAGGCACGACCAGGUUCAUCCUGGAUUUGGACAGAAGCUGAGGGCAUUAUGCGCGGAUGGGGUAGCGGAGGAGUACUUGCACGAUUUUGGUCAUUCUGUUCCCGGCGCUCAGGGAGAAGAAGGCGUGGUUGAAGCCACUCGGGUUAUUCGCAGGACAAUUGAACGUGCAACGAGAACGUAAUAGAGCGGGACAUUGCCCAACUUAUACCUCAAUAGAUACACGAAUCUAAGCAUGGCCUGUACUUUGAACCAAGAG